AUGUCUGGUCGCGGCAAAGGCGGAAAGGGACUGGGUAAAGGAGGCGCUAAGCGUCACCGUAAGGUCCUGCGAGAUAACAUCCAGGGCAUUACCAAGCCUGCCAUCCGGCGCCUUGCUCGUCGCGGGGGUGUCAAGCGCAUUUCUGGUCUCAUCUACGAGGAGACUCGCGGGGUUCUGAAGGUGUUUCUGGAAAACGUGAUUCGUGACGCUGUGACUUACACGGAGCACGCCAAACGCAAGACAGUGACAGCGAUGGAUGUGGUCUACGCGCUGAAGAGACAGGGACGCACUCUUUACGGCUUCGGCGGCUAAUGCUACCGCUUAAGCGACUCAGCAUCUCGACUUCCCAAAUCAAAGGCCCUUUUCAGGGCCGCCCA